AUGGCUUCGUCCCAACAACCUCCCGUUGAACCCGCCAAGAAAAAGCGCAUCGCCGUGUUGACUUCGGGCGGCGAUGCGCCUGGUAUGAAUGGCGCUGUGCGCGCCGUCGUCCGCAUGGCCAUCCACAGCGGCUGUGAGGCCUACGCCGUCCACGAAGGUUACGAGGGUCUGGUCAACGGCGGUGAUAUGAUCAAACAGGUCCACUGGGAGGAUGUCCGAGGGUGGCUCUCGCGAGGAGGCACCCUGAUCGGCUCUGCCCGCUGUGCCAGCUUCCGCGAGCGGAGAGGCCGUCUCAUGGCGGCUAAGAACAUGGUUCUCCGUGGGAUCGACGCUCUGAUCGUCUGUGGAGGAGAUGGCAGCUUGACGGGUGCCGACGUCUUGCGUGCCGAAUGGCCCGGCCUGUUGGAGGAAUUGGUCGCCAAGGGCGAUUUGACCGAAGCUCAGAUCAAGCCAUACAAAACGUUGAACAUUGUUGGUCUGGUGGGAUCGAUCGAUAACGACAUGUCGGGCACCGACGCCACCAUCGGCUGCUACUCGUCUCUGACCCGGAUCUGCGAUGCCGUCGACGACGUCUUCGAUACCGCCGCCUCUCACCAGCGAGGCUUCGUCAUUGAGGUCAUGGGUAGACACUGUGGCUGGCUGGCUCUCAUGUCUGCUAUUAGCACUGGUGCGGAUUGGCUCUUCAUUCCGGAGAUGCCGCCUCGUGACGGCUGGGAGGAGGAUAUGUGCUCGAUUAUUAUGAAGAACCGACGACGAGGCAAACGACGAACCAUCGUCAUCGUGGCCGAGGGUGCGCAGGACCGCAAUCUCAACAAGAUCACUUCAGAGAGAGUAAAGGAUGUGCUGAGCACAAGGUUGGGUCUGGACACUCGGGUUACGGUUCUCGGUCAUACCCAGCGAGGCGGUCCCGCGUGUGCCUACGACCGAUGGCUGUCAACACUUCAAGGCGUCGAAGCUGUUAAGGCGGUCCUGGAGGUCAAACCGGACUCGCCGUCUCCCGUCAUCGUCAUCCGCGAGAAUAAGAUCGAAAGGAUGCCUCUGAUGGAGGCGGUGAAGAUGACCCAGGAAUGCGCGUCCCUGAUCAAGGCAAAUGAGUUUGAUGCAGCCAUGAACAUGCGCGACCCCGAGUUCAAAGAGUAUCAUAAAGCGUAUCUGAAUACGACCACCGCCGAUCAUCCCAAGAUGCUCGUUCCAGACGACAAGAAAAUGCGGAUUGCCAUCAUCCAUGUUGGUGCCCCCGCCGGUGGUAUGAAUCCUGCGACUCGUGCCGCGGUCGCUUAUUGCCUGACGCGAGGCCACACUCCUCUUGCCAUCCACAACGGUUUCCCGGGCCUCGUUCGCCAUCACUCCGACAAGCCGGUGGGUUCUGUGCGAGAGGUGCAGUGGCUCGAGUCGGACAACUGGGUCAACGAGGGUGGAUCGGAGAUCGGAACGAACCGAGGUCUUCCCUCUGAGGACAUGGAGGGCGCCGCCAGAGCGUUUGAGUUGUACAAGUUCGACGCCCUGUUUAUCAUUGGCGGUUUCGAGGCGUUCACCGCUGCGAGUCAGCUCCGGAAGGCCCGUGAACAGUAUCCGGCCUUCAAGAUCCCGAUUGUUGUGCUGCCGGCCACCAUCUCUAACAACGUUCCCGGGACGGAAUAUUCGCUCGGCAGCGACACCUGCCUCAACACGCUUGUCACCUUCUGCGAUGCCAUCCGCCAGUCUGCGUCAUCCUCCCGGCGUCGGGUCUUCGUUGUCGAAACCCAGGGCGGCAUGUCCGGAUACAUUGCCACGACUGCUGGUCUGGCUGUCGGUGCCACGGCCGUGUACAUCCCUGAGGAAGGCAUCGACAUCAAGAUGCUGUCUAGGGAUAUUGAAUUCUUGCGGUCCAACUUUGCCAGCGACCGGGGCGCAAACCGGGCGGGCAAGAUCAUCCUCCGCAACGAAUGCGCCUCGGAAACUUACACCACCCAGGUGAUUGCCGACAUGAUCAAGGAGGAGGCCAAGGGUCGGUUUGAAUCGCGGGCUGCCGUGCCUGGUCACUUCCAGCAGGGCGGCAAGCCGUCGCCGAUGGACCGGAUCCGAGCUCUGCGUAUGGCGAUCAAGUGCAUGCAGCACAUCGAGACUUACGCCGGCAAAUCCAAGGACGAAAUUGCCGCUGACGAGUAUUCGUGCUCGGUGAUUGGUGUCAAGGGCUCGCAGGUGCUCUUCUCGCCUAUGGGCGGGCCAAACGGACUCGAGGAGACCGACACUGACUGGGCCAGACGACGUCCGAAGAAAGAGUUUUGGCUCGAGCUGCAGGGUCUUGUCGACCUGUUGUCUGGACGGCCCAAGACCGGGCCAGGUGCGCCGACUCAUGCGGGAGAGGGUUGGACGUGUUUUGAGAAUGUGUAUGGAGUUUAUGAUUCCCCUCAUCUUUCGGGUCGAUACUUACAAUCUAUUCUCAACAAUACAGGCAAUACAGGAUGA